AUGUCGCCUUUCACCCAAUUUGUGACACUGCCAAUCGCCGAUGGCGCGUACGACAGAGCCAUCGCCGUCCUUGAGCCGGUCGCCGCUAUGAUCAGGCGUGACGUACCUGGAUGCCUCGAACUUGUUAUUUACAAGUCGCAGGACAGCGCGACUAAUAAGAUCAACAUCACUCUAUAUGAAAGAUUUGUCGACUCAGAGGCGCACCAGAAAGUUUUUACUUCUGCGGUGUUUGCGGACAUGAUGAAGCCAUUGGUGGAGGAGAAGCUGCUGCGUGGAGAGCCUGUCCCGACGACCGUUAGCCGGGUGGGAGGAUUCAUGCCCAACGAAUGA